GUUGCGGAGAGUCGUUUCUUGAGAUUUAUGCUAAUUCUCUCAGCUAGCGUUAUGUGCGUCAGGGAAUUAUUCUGUCGAGGUUUUGUGACAACUUAACCGGAGACUGAGCAGUGAUCAGUGUGAAAGAAGAAAACAAUGAUAUCAAGAAGCCCUGAGAUCCAUCAGAAAAGUUCUCUGCCCUCUCUUCUGAAUGCUUACCUCCCACCUGAGUGCAAAAAACAGGGAGAUGGAAAACAGCAGGUUAAGGAGAAGAAGAGAAACCAUGGGGACGACUCCUUGAAAAAUCCCAAAGAGGAUGAAGAUGAUGAAGUGAAAGUCAUGAAGCAAGUCAUGCUCGACCAGCGCCACCUAGAGGCUUACAGGAACCUGCACCGGCUCAGAGAUGCGAUGUAUCUCCACUACUCGGAUUUGUUGAAACAGAAGAUCCAGAAACAGAGGAAGGAGAUGAAGCAACACAGUCUCGCUGCCCACAAACCCACAGAGAAGCCAAGAGGACAGCUACUGAAAGACUCACUGCUGACUGUCUCUUUAUCACCUCCCCUCUCUCAGACAGUGUCAGGACAGAGACUGGCCUUUUCCACUCUUUCUCACGAUGACCAGUACCUGCAGUCCAUCCCUAAAUCCAGCUUUUACUUGAUUGUAGAUCUCCAGAACCACUUGACCAAAUGUGGGCUUCUGAAGACCAGACAGGAUCAUGAGGAAUUCUGGAUGUUGGCGCAGCAGUACCAGCACAGAGCCCAGAAGAAGAUAAAACUCGAGGAUAUUCGAAAGAUGGUUGCGCACAAAUCUGCACCAAAUUUUACUCUAAGAAAAACCAUCCAAGAUGCACAAGGUCAGCCAAAGAUGGGUCACUUCAGCCAGGCUGAAAAAAGCUUCAAGGAAAAAAAUACUCAUUCAGAGAAAGCAGUCUGUGAAGGCACCACCCAUCAGCAUGGCAAACACGAGAGGGAACUGGACGAAAUUGAGCAAAUGUUUCCCAAGUUAAGGGUCCCCAAGUUUUUUACACUUCAGCCAGCCUUUAUGGAGCAGUACAAGGCAAUCCAUGCGCACAGUAAUUCUGAGGCGCUAAAGACCAGUAAGAAAAGAGACGUCAAUCUUCAAAAACUGCAUCACAUGUACAGCCUUUCAUUCACCAACAUGGCUUCAUCUCAGAGACUGCUGGACAAAAAUGGACAGUUUACAGACUUUGAAGAGUGCGGUGUUCAUAAUCUGGUCAGUAACAAAACAAAACAGAUGCGCUAUCUGUUCCCCAGUGAAUAUGAGUUAAGAGCAUCAUCAGACGAGAGUCCUGUUGGAGAGACCUUUCUUCCUCGCCUGUCUCACCCCUCUGCCAGUGUUGCUGCCUCUGGUGGUCCAGAGCUCCUUGCCAAUAUCCAGAAGGACACAAUACCCCCCAAUGAAUGGCCAGUGGCUGAAAGGAGCUCUGUGGAGUCUGAGGUGUCACUUUCCCAGCCUACUCACCUUGUGCCUUUAACCAUGGAGGAGCUUUGUCUCAGUAACCCUGUCAUGGAAGCAAAGCAACCUGGAAAAAUCUGGAUCAAUUAUCUCAAGGAUAACGCAGAUGAAUUAUCACUGAGAAAUACUGUGCUGGACACUGAAAAUGACACUCGACACUGGCUGGGUGCUUUCAACAAGCAAUGAAUUAGCAAUGCUGGAAAUGGGUGCCAUUGUUUCAUAACUGCAAGACUGUAGUAAUCAUAAAGCAAACAUUGCUUUGUGUAUCGUAGGGCUCAGAAUUGUCACGGGAAAAGAACCAUUUUGUUCAUCUUUAGAGUGUCAUGAAUUGCAAUAUUUGUAUUAUUUUACAUGCACUUUAUUUACAUAAAUACAAUUCCUUUGCAAUCAAUGCAUGGCAGAAGAUACAGCACCUGAUAGGCACAAGGUUAACUAUAGUUUACUUUAUAACUAAAUGAAAUGAAAUGAUAUGCAAAUGAUUUUAAGUCCAGCCCAGAGCCACAGUGGCUCAUCAGACUGGUUUCUAUUGCCUUAAGUGGAUUAGAGGCACAAGACUCCACCUCUUUCCCAGCUGGGAUGCUGGACCUUCACAGUAAAGCAUUUACCAGUGGUAUUAGUUCAUAUAUAAGAUAUGAAUUCAUGAGAAAUUAACUCCUUUAGUGAUAUACAGUUGCAAAUGUAUUCACAAAAGUGUACAAGAUUGUAAUUAAACAGAAUGAAUGGAUACAUGUAAAUAAAUGGAUUUUAAACUGAA